CUCCAUCGUCUACCCUCACAACUCUCUCGGAAAUUCUUCGAUCCUCCCCCUCCAGCUAUGCGCGCAGACUAAUCGGCGACCCGCUUGGAUUACCCUGAAUUCAUGCACCCCUUUUCCAUCCUCACCCUUGGGAUCUUCGUCGCGGGCUACAUCACCGCCAGGUGGGACCUUGUCACCCGUCUUUACGAAUUGGCCAUUUUCGCGUGGGAUCACGGCGUCGUGACUCGCACGUUGAAGGGGUUCUUGAUUCUCUCGGUCUUUUUCUUUCUCUUGAUUCUGCCUAUCAAUCACCUGGCUUCGAGGGAGGGCACUUUGCACCCACGCCACGUGAACCUCGGCGUUUCCGCGCGGGAACAAUUACGCCGGCGAGGCUCCUUCUAG